AUGCCACCACGUCGUCCAGCCCGCCGGGUGCCCCUUGAAGGGCCCAUCCGCUCCCCGCGCAGUAUCGAAGCCAAGCGCCUGAGGCUCUUUGUCCGUACCCAUGAAGGCGAACAACCUACGCAAGUCGAACUCGACUUUCUCCCUUCCUACUCUCCGGAUGACGGCGUUCUGCGUAUCAAACUCGGCCGCAACAGCGAUGGCAAGCGCAGUAUAGGCUGGAUGAACCACCCUGAGAGUGACACUACGCCUCCUCUUCAUCACGAGACUGUCCCAGGCGUCGUUGAUGUCUUUUCGGGUGGAAAAAGCACCAUGCGAGAUAAUCGCAUCUCCCUCAACAUCCUUGGAGCUCUUUUCGCCAUUUUCAUCAUCCUAAUCAGCAACCCACCAAAUGCGUACAUCUCGCACUUCACUGAUGCCAGAGGUAUCAGGACUAGAGACCCUCUCCACAACGAGGACCCUUGGAAUUGGGGCAUCGAGGUCAAGAGCCUUCUUGCCCAGCCCGGUACAAGUGAAAACACUACAUCCUUCGAUCCGGCAUACAGCGACAUGUUUCACAAGUACACAGUCUCUUACGACCCUCCUCUCGUCGGUGAUCUCAUGUCAGCUGUCUCUCAACUCAGCUAUUCUUCUCGACACGUUCUCGUCAUGCCGUUCCUUCGCAAUGCCCGUCGCAAGCCUUUCAACCCCGACAAGUUCUUUGAGUCUCUCGCCCACGGCCUGGAUAUGAUUCGUCCUCAUCGUCCCGAGCUCGCUCGCAUCAGCCACGAGAACGCCAAGUACUACCCCUCCUUCCUGGGGAUGCACAGAUACACGGACGAUCUAGAACAGGAUGGGAUCAAAGCCAUCGCGCAAAGGGUUUCCAGGCGCUGGAAUGAGUUGAGAGACAUUAUUGGCAAGAGUAUGACCCGACUCUUUAACGAACUGGACCCGCUCGGCGACAACAUGACAAAGACAAUCGGUGAACCCGACGCCAACAACAAAGUCAUCAACUUGUUCGAAGCAUUCCUCUCCCCCGGAAGUCUCAUCCAGAAGUUCCCAGACGAACUCGACAAGUAUCUACUCACGCUCACUCGGGAUCUGAGAAUACUCGGUGAUGCCCUGGAGCUUCCCAGUGAAAUCUCAAUGCUUUUGGUGCUUGACAAGAGAAGAGACAACAAACUAAGCCUACAGGCAAUUAUUUCAGCGGGGAGGAAAGAUCCCACCGAAGCGUUGAAGUAUCUGGAGGAUCUACGCGCCAUGUCCACCGUCAAAUUGCUGUUGUUCCACCUUGAAGAAGCCUACAGAGGGUUACGACUAGAGAGGCUCUCCCUCAAGCACAACUCACUCCGCACGCAGUUAAUGCAGACGAAAACGGUCCCAACUAAGGCAUGGUGGAAUGGAUGCUGGGCGAGGGAGUGCUUGCCACCGGUGCCAGAGAUUGCGGAUAGAAUCUUGAAUGGUACCAUGAAUCAGAAAAGGCUCUACAACGAGGCUCUGGCUUUACGGGACAGAGUUGGAAACCCAUCGCGGAGUUUGGCUUUGGUUCAGGACAGGGGUGAACUCAUUGGAGAGAUCCUGGCGGACGUGGCGGCUCUGAAGAAGUCUAUGGGUAUCAAGGGUUGA